UUGAUUGAUGGAACAUUGUCUGUAGAACCGGGUCGUUUGGGCCGGAGGGCAACUCUCUGACACCAGAGUCGGUGUGAAACCAGUCUGAACUGGGAUGUGAUGACUCUUUCCUGUGCUUCUGCCCCCAGUGGACCCCCCUCCCUUCCCUGAGAGCGGCCGGGCCCAGCAGCCACCCUCCUCCUACCCAGAAUCCUCCAGGGCAUCGGACGUCCAGGCGGAGGCCCAGCCCAGCGGCCCCGCCCCCUCAGCGGAAGGACCCGCCUCCAUCAUGACCCCGGCGUCUCCAGGCUCCACCCCCUCAGGACUGCUGUACCCGGACCAGACCGCCCUUCCUGCCGCCACUCUGCUGCACCUGCCGUUUGAAGCUCCACCCCCUGCUGGCUACCUGCCAGCAGCGCCUCACCCUCCUCUUCCUCACCCCCCCCACCUACCCCACUCCUCCUACCAUCCUUGCGUUCCUCCUCCUGCCCACUGGGGAGCGCUGUCAACCUCAGGCCACGCCCCCAGGGUCUACUGCCCCGCCCCCAGUCCACAUGUGGUCGGCUACAUCACCGCCCCCCACCUUCAUCACACCCCCACGCACUACAUGCCCCCCUCCAUGUGAACGUUAGCUUGUGGCUAACGGCUCCCUUUAUUUUCAAUGAGCGUCGCUAGCAGGUUCAGGUUCAGAACUUGAGUUCAAACUAAAAUAAGUCUCAUGACAGAUGUGCUAGGAUGUUUUUCUCCAACAUGUCUGCCACAAUCACUUCCUGUUCAGAAGAUGGCGGAAUCUGAACCGGGUUGUUCUGAACAGCAGCCAAUCAGUGGAGGGCGAGGCUAAGGGGCGGGGCUAGUCCCUCACCUUGCGAGGGAUUUCUUUGUGUUCAGUUCUGGUGCCGGUUUGUUUUAGGUGAAUAAAGUUCGUUCCACAGCAGAACCGGGUCAGUUUCAUUUCUGGGCUGUAGGGGGCGGAGCCUGACUCCCUGGACCAGAACCCGACCCUGAGUGACCUCAGCCCCUCCCCCACUUGUUUAAAAAAAAAACUGGAAAUGAGCAGAAAUAUUUUCAACCAGUAGAAAUUUAUUUACAAAAAUCAACACAGACUAUUUACAAACAUGUU